CCCCGUGCAUAGUGAGAUUUAUUGUAAAUUGUGAAAAUAUUUUUGUAAGAUAUUGCGUAAAUAGGCUCAUAAGUAGUUUUGCAGAUGCUGUUUUAUAAAAUUUAGUAGGUGCUCAUGGGGGUUGGAGAAAGAAGUAUGGUGUCUAAUUGAGUUCAUAUAGUUAAAAUGGGUUCCAUGCGGCCUACUGGACGAUUCCUUCCAUUCGCUAAUAACAUACAAAGGACACAGAAGCCAGCAGUUCCAAAAGGCUUUCCUCAAAGCCUAUCUGGCAGUGAAACAGACGUGUCCACAUCGAAUGAGAAUCUAUCCAGGGAGGAGCGCUAUGUUGUGAGACAUACAGCCAGAGUUGAGCCCCAAGGGCAGGAGAAUUUGUGCCAGAGCAGUAAUAACAAUAAUAGGAACUCUUUAAAGGAGAGUGUCCCAGGCAGCAAUCGUAACUCUCUCAAAGACUCUGUUAGUGGUGGUAACAGCAACCGCAGCUCGCUUGAUGUAUCGUCCUCGUCGUACAACACGCUCAUUAUACACAACCAGGAUGAUUCGUGGCCGCCGCGACCGACGCCUAUUCGAGAACACGAACGAACAAGCAGUGAAGUAAAGCAUCCAACCACUCAGUCAUCCCCAUAUCAUACUUUGAAGAAAGAGUGCAAGAAACCUAGUGGUAUACCAUUACCGAAGAUGCUGAAGGAGCAAACUGUCACAACCACUGCGAACUAUAUUGACAUUGGGGGACAGAGGAUUUAUACUAGCCCACCUGAUCAUGGAGUUCAGGAGAUAACCGAAAUUCCGGACGACUUCCUGAACCAGUCGUCCGUGCUACGCAAGGAACUGCAGGGCAGGGAGAUGCUCAUCGCGCAGCUCAUCACCCAGAAUAAAGAACUAGCGUGCGCGAAAGAACGACAAGAGAUUGAGAUGGCUGCGCAACGAGCUACGCUCCAAGAGCAACGUACUCAUAUUGACAUCCUUGACACUGCGCUUACUAAUGCUCAGACCAACGUCGUGAGGCUUGAAGAGGAGUGCCGCCACGCGAGCGGCUACGUGGAGCGCGUGAUGGGGCUGCAGCGCGCGCUGGCCUCGCUGCAGCAGGCCUCCGACCGCAGGGAGCACACCGAGAGGAAGCUCAGGGCGCAGCUGGAGAAGGAGCUGCAGACGCUCAGGAAACGCGAAUGCAACUGCGGCGGGGCCAACUCCAGCAGCGGCACAGCGGACGGCGAGGCCGAGCUGAGGAGGCAGCUGCGCGAGAGGGACGAGCGACUGCUGGCUCUGGAGGGGGAGUGUGCCAAGUGGGAACAGCGGUACCUGGAGGAAGCCGCCUUGAGGCAGGCCGCCGUCUCCGCUGCCUCCAUACCCAAGGACGCAAAAAUAGCAGCCCUGGAAAAGACCUCCGCGGAGUCAGAGCGGUUAAUGGCCGAAGCUCGGAAUGAAAAAAUACGGCACAUGGACGAACUUCACUCCGCACAGAAGAAGGUCGCUGACCUCGAGAGCAGAGUGAAAGAACUAGAGUCGAAAGUGGCGGAGCGCGAUGCGAUGAUCAAGGUACUACAGAAGCACACUAGCGCCGCUUACGACAGCGGAGCUUCGUUGAGGAACAACUCGAGUCGGGAAGAACUUGUGGGGCUGUCGUCGGGCGCGUCCUUCUCCAGCGCAGAGGGCGUAGGCGGCGUAGGCGCCGGCAGCGUCACUAGAUACCGCCAUCUCGCCCGGCGGAACUACUCGCCGCACAACGACAACUCCAGCGGUUGCGGCUUCGACAGCACUUCGCUGCGGCUGGACGAGCAGCUGGCGGCGCUGGAGUCGCGGCUGGAGCGGCCGCCCGUGCCGGCCGUGAGUUACCUGCCGGCGCACGCGCCGCCGUCCGAGCCGCGCGACCGCUCGCAUGCGCUCUACUACUGACACUGCCACCCCUCCGCUCGACUCUUACACGACCUCCUCUAUCGUAUGUAUGGACAAGGGACACGUUCAAUGGCUCCAUUCUCCUGGAUGGAAUUACGCGAGCAGAAGGUAAAAGAUUAACUCCGUGCGUCACAAAAAUACUGUGUGACUAUCCUGGUAACGAUCUUUUCAAUUGUGACGACGUUCAUUCGAACUGAUUUUUGUUUUCCUUAUUUAUUUCCUGCUUUAAAACUUAUCACCAGACUCUUAAGUAUCCGGUAUAUAAUCAUGGGACAAAUUCACUAAAUGUACAGGAAAGAGACUAUUUGUUUUCUUGAUUGAUGUUGUUACUGGAUAAACAGCACGGAGCCAUUACAAAAAAUGUAAUUAUAAAACAAUUUCUCGUAGCCACCGUCAUAUAAAACAUUCCACACACUAUACCGUAACGUGAGCAUUCCGUAUGUACAAACACAGCUUAUGUUUUCGUGUGAUUUAGUUUGCAGUGACCCUUAACCGUCGAUGUACAAGGAACCUAACGCUUCCUAACUGUCUAGGUGUUGCCUUAAGAUUGUGCUGCUUUGUAAACAAAUUAUAUAGAUCAUAAAAUUGCAUACUUACGGGUUAUUGAACCACAUAGGUAACUGUGAUGCAUUGUCAUGAUUCAUCUCCCAAAACAGUAUAGGUCAUGAAUCAUUCCCAAGAUAAAUUAAUAGCAAAAGUUAUCGACUUCAUACAAAUUCAAAUUUGCACUUUUAUGGUCUAUUUAUUUU